AUAGGGGUUGCCUGGUGGCAAUUAUCGCGCGUGUUUGGUAACUAGGGAAAGGCGCCUCGCAAAGACUGGAAAUGACCUUGCCAGCAUAAUUAGCAAUACAUACUUACAAACGAUCAAUAAGUGUUUGCUUUGAUCCAGGUUAUAAUAUGAUAACAUGGCCAAGAUUCCAAAACCCCAAACACCACCGACCACAUCCCAACUUCGUCCAUGAUGCGACGUGCAGCCUCCAGCCCAGCUUGCUCGUCCUGCUUGGCGAGCUUGUCGGCCAGUCGAAAUUUCACACCGCGCAUCACCCAGCCAUGGCUCCCACAAAUCCGCCAUGCGCACGCCGCCGCUCGAGCCAGCACAGAGCGCCCGUCCCGCAUGGUUCUUGCUGAGAACGUUGGGCGCGGUCGCUCUGGUUCCCGGACCCGCCGCGAGGGUCCCUUCGGUAACCUGAAUAGAAGAACUGCGAACGUCGACCCACGACGCCUGGCCAACGAGCGGGAAGCUGCCGACCGCAGGCCCUCGAGGGGUGCGCCGCGCAAAGACGAGCCGAAGGACGACCGCAAGGCGAUGAAGAUGCAGCGGAUACUGGCCGGCGUCCCACAUACGAAGCGCCAGGUCAUCAAGGACAAGAUGGCUGGGUAUGAGGACUUUGAUCAGUUUGACCUCUUGCCGGUGGUGAAGGAGGCGUUGAUGGGGGAGGUAUUCAGGGGCAUGACGGAUCUGAAGCCGACGCCUGUACAGCGACUCGCGCUGCCAGCACUCCUGGGACAGGACACCAAGACAAAGUCGGCUUCCGGCAGCGAGUCGGGCCCUGAUUCCUACCUGCUUGCCGCCGAGACGGGGUCGGGCAAGACGCUGGCGUACCUGCUACCGGCGAUCAACGCGAUGAAGAAGACGGAGGCCAUGGAUGAGGAUGUCAAGGCCUGGGAGGAGCGACGCAGGACGGAGAUGGAACUCCAGGCGGCUGGCCAGGUCAAGCGCAAGGCGAGGCCCUUUGACGAGCCACACCCUACCAUGGCGAGACCCAAGGUGAUUGUGCUGGUGCCGACGUCUGAGCUUGCGCAGCAGGUGCUCCGAGUGUCCAAGUCCUUGUCGCACGUCAUCAAGUACAAGGCGGAGAUGAUAUCCUCGGACCUCAAGCCCCAGCAGAUCCAGCGCAACGUGUACGGGGCCAAGGGCGUGGACAUGAUCAUCGCAACACCCCACCUCCUCGCCUCCAUCGCCGACUCGGACCCCAACGUCUUGUCCAGGGUGAACCACUUGAUCAUUGACGAGGCCGACUCUCUCCUCGACCGAAGCUUCUCCCCGGUCACGACCAGCAUCAUCGAGCGCGCCAGCCCCUCGCUGAAGCAGCUGAUCUGCGUGUCGGCCACCAUCCCGCGCAAGCUCAACAACUACCUGGCGACCAACUACCCCAAGAUGCACCGCAUCACGACGCCCAAUCUGCACGCCAUCCCACGCCGCGUGCAGCUGGGUGUCAUGGACGUCAGCAAGCCGCCGUACCACAACAAUAAGGACGUCGCCUGCGCCGAGGCGCUCUUCACCAUUGGCCGCGAGGCGGCGCAGCACGAGGGUCUGAACAAGAGCGAGAUUGACGUCCGCCGCGUCAUCGUCUUUGUCAACGAGCGGGAGAAGACGGAGGAGGUGGCCAAGUACCUGCGGAGCAAGAACAUUCAGGCCGAGGCGCUGCACAGGGACACGCCUGAGACGCGGCACGGCGAGAUCCUGGAGACGUUUACGAGCAACGAGGCCCUCACCAUCCCGGCGCCGACCAAGCCGAGCGCCAUGAAGCUGCCCAACGUCAAGGCGCUGGUGGUGACGGACCUGGCCUCAAGGGGUAUCGAUACGCUCGCCGUCCGGCAUGUGAUCCUGUACGAUGUGCCGCACACGUCGAUUGACUUUAUCCAUCGCCUGGGCAGGGCGGGUAGGAUGGGCAGGCGAGGAAGGGGUAUUGUCCUGGCGGGCAACGAUGACCGCAAGGACGUGAUCGCCGAGGUUAAGAGGAGUAUGUUCAUGGGACAGGCCCUAAUCUGAUCUUGCGGUAUCACCAUGGUUCAGACUGUAAGGUAAUCAAUUUGGCGUGUACAAUACUGUA